UAAAAGACCAAUGUUAAUCGAAUGCGGCAGAUAGUUCGGUCCAGUAUUUGUUGCAUGUUUACUGCUGUUUUAUCGGCAAUGCGCCUUCGGACAUGGUUUAAUCCAAGCCGCUGCUAUUUAAUAACGACUGAGUGUCAAGCUAAAUGGAGUAACAGCAACUAACCUCACUGAACCCAAUCCCGGGAUUGCAAUAGGUAAAUGGAAAUGGCUGCAAUCGGCAAUGCCGAUGCAAACCCGGCAGUAGAUUCUGCUCUGGGUUCUCAAAACGCCAGCCAGUCCUCCUAUAGAGUAGCAGGCACUUUGAAAGUAGUGAACAAUACAAGAUGGAUGCUGCAGCUGGAAAAGUGCUAUAUCAAUUAUGGCAAGGUCGAAGCCAUUUUUGAUCAAGUUCGCCCAGGGCAGUCCGCUGUAAUGAAAGUGCACAAAACAUCGUAUUUAGCAACAGGAUCAUCGGGAACGCUUGCAUGGACCGUGGUAAACGAGAACAAAUCGAUCGUUGUCAUGUGGUCACUACCAUUUAAUCACGACUUCUCCCAUAACGUCUUGGCGGUCGGUAUUCGCUCGAAUAACGGAAAUAACGAGAAUAACGGGAACACGUCUAACACCUUUAGGGAAAUGUACUCCGAAAAUGAACAGUCAUACUUUAGGAGAAAGGAGUUUUACAGUGUCAUCGAUCCAGUCGAGCACAUGGAUAACAGAGUCAAAGUGCGGGGCAGAAUGGGAAACGCUCAUAAAACGGACAUCAUCAUUGAUGUCCACGCUAUCAAUCCUGCGGACCAGUUUGGCUACGUGCAAGAUGGCUUAAUGUAAACGAUGGAUGGACUAUGGCAUGCCCAGACUCAACCAACCAACCACGUAGCACAACGCUUCUGGAAUCCACGUUCCCAACUUUUUCGGAACGGAAUCCUGACAAUCCUUGCAUGACCCUUUUCAUAGUUGGCGUCCCAAUGCGGACCGCAAGACUACUUAUGUUUAGUUCUUUCUUACCGAUAAACCGACUAGAGUGGCCGUAAAUGAAAUCUACUGACCGAUGUUCGAAACAGGUUUGUUUUCCGAUUAAAAACUGUCUUACUGGGCAGCAAGAA